AUGAGCCACUCCAUCGCCUCACAACUUGCAGUGCCACGCCUGCGCGCGGGCCUCCAUGAGGUCCUCGGCGAGCGCCUCCGCGACCGCGUCGAGGUACUCGCCCUUUUCGUCCAUGUUCGCGAACUCCUGCACCCCGACCUCGUGCUCGGUGCCGCCCGCGCCCUCGAGAAGGACUUCGUCGCCGCCGCACUUACCUCAGCCUGCUCGGUGCCGUCCGCAUCCACGAGAAGGGCGAGAAGGGCCUCGUCGCCCUGCCCGUCCCCGUUCGCGCACUCCUGCACCUCGAACCGCUCGGUGCCGCCCGCGUCCUCGAAAAGGGCCUCGCCGCCCUUCGCGUCCACGUUCGCGAACUCCCGCGCCGCGAUCUCCACUGCGACGCCUUCACCUCACCACCCUCCCGAAUGGCCGGCAGGUCCCCGUUGA